GCAUACUAUGCGUCAUACCGGGUGCGACGGACUCUGCUUUUGCAGCAAACGUGUGCGAGCGAUCCGGAAAUCGAAGGAUCGAAGGGUCGCGAGAGCACCCCCUUUGUUUACAGAUCCAGCGUGAGGAUGCGGGUCGUCGGGGAUUUUGAGGUCGUCGUCGCCACGACUCCGGGUGCAGACGAUGCAACACCGAACGUCAGCCUACGCCUGCGGUACGUUGGCGCCACCAGCCUCACUUGCGAGUCGGCGCGGUAUGUUAAAGUGUGGGUCUACGGCGUCGAAAUGGAAGGCGUCGCGCUCUACUCGGAAGCGACGCGCGAGGUGACGCAGUGGGUGCCCCAGCGCCAGCGCAGCACGCCUGCAAAUGACCUCGAUCGCACGAGCAUUGUCUUGCAAGUACGUCGCGCCAAAGUUGAACGGGUGGCCAUGGCUGUACCGCUGCAAAAACCUGGCGAGGCCAGUCGAAGCACCAUCUGCCCCAACAACAGGUGCACCCCGUCGCUCCUUUCGCCCAUCGUCGUCAAGGCAUCGUCGGCCAUGACGUAUCGCCUCUCGCGGGGCGCCAACAGCCCUUCGCAGCGACCGCUCAAGCGCACCAAGGUCAAGCACACUCCUGCAUACACGACCAUCUCGAGCACGAGUGUCAAGUAGUCGGCGAUAGCAUGGUCGUCAAGAAGAGUCGUAUUACACAGGGUUUAUAUAAAGAUAAGCGGACACCGCGAUACGCCA